AACAACAUCAAAAAGUAUGAAGAAAACGAAAGAUAAUUUGAUAACAAAACUCGCCUUGAGAGAAGUAAGUUCUCGUUGUUGAACAUCAUACUCUUUCAUUUCGAUAAAUGACCCAUUAUAUUUCCUUUUUGGUAGACAAGAGGGAAUAUGCAACCGCAUUUGCGCGGUAAUCGACAACGCUUCUUCAAGAAAUAUCCUCAGAGGUUUUGUAUUCCACUGGCGAAUAUACUGGACCUAAAUGGCGCUAUAAAGAAAGGGUAGCUAUAUUAUUUACUUAUAUCAUAAGAAAAGCUAUGUUUUGUUGUUAACUUUGAACGUCUGAACCGGAAGAAUGGACACACGAUUGAAUUAAAGGCUUGUGUAUUAAUUAAAUCUUCAUGGUCCACGGUUUCUUAUCUGUCCCAGGGUAUCCAAUCGAUGAAAUCGAUAGUCGAUGACAAUCGAUAUCAAUCAAUACCAUUAGAUAUCAAUUAAUUGAUUGAUAUUGAUAACUGAUGACCAAUCGAUGAUGAAGAUUCGUGUGGUUAUCGAUUGGUAUCGAUUUUCAAUAACAAUCGAUAGUUAAACUUAUAUUCAGUAAAGCUCACCCUCAACCUUUCAAAUGUAUAAAUUUUUUAUUCCACCACAUAUAAUAGACUUCUGUAGCUUGUAUGUUUGUCUUUGUCUUUUCAUAUAUAAUGGGUACAUAUGCAUGUCAAUAAGACCAAAUUAUUUAUCUGAAAGAAAUAGUUCUCAAGAGUGUUAUCACAUGACCUCCACUGAAAAAAUAAAACAUACAAGCUAAAGAGCUGCAUUGAAAUACAGAGGAAUGAACAAAAAUGAUGCUGUGCUCGUAUUUCUUGACUUUGAUACUGAUUUUUACUUUAUAGGCACGUUAUUCUUGGCUUUACCAAGAAUGGCAGAUACCUAAUAUCCUAUUCUUUGAAAAUUGAUAACGAUGACAGUAGUCCUCUUCUUUGUUAUGUGUAUUCACUUCAUUGGUGGGAGUUUAAUCAACACAAGCCUUUAGUUGAGGUAAACCACCUUCUCAUAUUAUUUGCAGUCAAGCUAGGUCAAGCGUACUCCCCAAAAUUCCAUUAAUGAAUUUAUUAUUCAAAAGUUGAGUCCGUUGGCAGUUGCAGAUUUCAGAUUCAUCUCUGCAUUCAUGCAAGCAUCAUGAGCAGUGAAUUUACACGCGAUUCAGUUACGAAAUUUCUACCAGCUCAGUUUACCUGAAUUUGAUGUAAAUGGCUUCUUAGAAUUUUAAUCCAUUCAAAGAUUUUCAAUCUGACCAAAUACAGAGAAGUUCUCGUAAAAUAUUCACUGCUCAUUAUGCACGCAGGAAUUCCGAUUGGAAUUGGAAACUAGUUCCGGGAACGACUAACAGAUCAUUUUUCAAAUAAUCAAUUCAUUAAUAGAAUAUUGGGGGGUACGCUUGACCUGCUUUGACUGUAAGGAAGUCUCCAGUCUUAAAAAAUUGUUGCAAAGCUGAAAGCCUAAGAAUAAUUGGCAAGUCAGAAAAUAGUCUUAUUGUGAUUUUGCUCUAAUUAGAGAUUAAGUAGUCUGUCCAUACUUUUCCCCCAUCAUCAUUAUACAUUUUAUCCUUGCUCCCUUGUCUAUGAUUGUUGAUAUUAAUAUUAUUAUUUCAUUCUCAGUUUUCACAUUUUCUCAACAUUAUUUAUGACUUUGAGAUUUUACAGGUCAAAUUUGAUCCAGCUUAAGAACCUGGGGUGAUUCUCAAUUCCCAUUUUCUCCUGGACCCAGGUUAACCCUUUAAGCCCCAGUAUUCACAUACAAAUUCUCCAAACUGAUCUCCAUACAUUUCCUUAAAGAAUGAGUUGAGAGAAUUUGAUAAAGGAUCAAGGCAUUUUUACUUGGGUGAUAAUUUUAUUAAUUCUCAUAACUUAUCUGUUGACAAUGUAUGGAUAUUGUUAGGAGAAAAUAAUUGAUCUUGGUCGCUAUGGGACUUUAAGGGUUAACAAAUAAAUUUUAACCUAGAAUCAAAGGUAAUCUGUAAUGUACUUACUACAGCUUUAUGUAUGCAAUUUUUUAAUGAUGCUUUUAGGCUUAUUAAUAUCACUUUUCUAAAUGAACUAAAGUCAUUUGUUGACUGCUAUUAAUUUGCUCUUUCCAAGGUUUUUUCUGUGACAUUAUUUGAUAAAGAGGAAAUACAUCAAGACCUUCAUUUAAUAGUUGCUGAGAGCCAAGAUGAAUCAACAUUUGUGGUCUAUGGUCAAAUGUAUGUAUCCACAAUAACAAUGCCUUUGGGGCUGUUUAUAUUAUACCCGAAUGACUUUUGUUCCAGAAUGAAUUUUGUUCCAGAGUGAAGUUCAUACUACAACAGAUGAAGAAAUGAACUAGCUUAACUCAAGGUUUCUUCACACCAGAUGUUGUCACUUGUCCCAGACUACAUGAUUUGCAAUUUUUAAUGUGGAACUAAGUUCAGUUUCAGUUUUCAUGAUACCAGGAUGAAAUUUUGUACUAGAACAAGAAGUUCUUUCAGUUUGAAAACCAGAAUGAAUUGUAAGGGAACAAAAUUUCGUGAAAUUUAAGGAGAUGGAAUGAACUCGUUUCAAAAUAAUAUUCAUCCCAGUAUCAUACACCCUUGAUUAAAGAACACAAACAAUAGCUUUGAUUACUGCAUGCCUCAUCUACCCAUAAUUAUUGUUAUCUACCCUUUCUUUUCUGUCAUUUGUUUGUAAAUGUUUGUUUUUGGUUGUUGUUGUUUUUUAUACUAGAGCUACAUUUGCACACACAUUGCACUAAUGGUUUUCUCGUCAUGUUUUCAUCAUGUUAGGCACUCUGUUAAAGAUGACUAUGAUCAAAGUCACCAGUGUUAUGUUACGGUUUGUGCUGGUCCCUCACCACAUCCAUGUCUUGGCUGCAAUUAUGCACCACUUGGCAGAGUAACUGACAAGUGUUUGAAACAUUCAUUUGUGGUUCAUUUUAAGUAUGAUCUUAUGCCACCUUUUCCUAUGUUCAACCCUUCAAUAAGUCUCAAGAUGCAAGAUACAGUUCUCUUCAACACUGGGGAUUUUUUUAUGGCAUUAAAGGUCUCUGCAACAUUUGACAAAAACAGCAGUCUCGUGACAGAAAGUGGUCAGCAGACUGAAUUGUUUUGCAAGUUGUGUGAUAAGGCACCUGAUAGUAUUGUCAUUUCAGAUCAAUACUCGGCAGUCACAGAAGUUGACAGAUGUCAUGCUGCAGACAACGAUAAUAACAAUCAAGCAUGUGGUGGGAUAAGGGGAACACAUCAUGCUCAAGCUCAUCUCGGGGAAGAUUCAACUUCAGCUGACAGUGAAAAGACUGUGCAUAGCGACUCCAGCAUUAACGAAAUCCAUGCUGGAAAGAAACAACUUGACCGGCAGAAGGUAGUCCUUGGUUUUGUAAGAGAACUGUAUGAAAUCCAUGGUGAGUGCGUUAAUUCACAUCAAGUCAAUGAUAGAGAGUAUCUUUUGACUCCUCAAGAAACAUUUGAUGAAAAGGAUACUAAAGUACAUUCAGAAAUUUGUUCAGAUGAAGCAAAUGGCUCAUUAGAUGGUCAAACAAACCAGUCUAGCAACCAAAGUGAGUCUAAUGAACUGACAGAGAAAUUUAGAUCGCGUCAAACUUCUGAGCUGUCUUUUUGUAGUAAAGAUGAGAUUGGAGCAAAAAAGACUGUAUGUAGCACAGUCACUGAAGUGUCCUCAAGAAGUGCUGUACAUGAUGACAGCUUAAAAGAUUCAUCCCUUCCAGAUAUUGACAGUAAAAGCAAUUACAAUUUAGAUGCAGAUUAUUGCACAAAAGUGGUUGAUUCAUGCAGUUGUGGCGGUAGUGCAGUCGUACCGACAACAAACAACAAUUUAACAUUAUCAGUACUCAAGGUAUAUGCAGACCCGGAUAACGGUGAUCUGGGUGAACUGCCAGAUAGAUCAGAUGAGUUUGACAUGUAUGAUGGAUCACUGGCAGUUUCAGUGAAAACAUGUCAUGGCAAAACACUGAAGCAAAUUGGCAAGAUCAACCAAAGCAGCCCCAAAAUGGCACCAAGCAAGUUACCGUAUCACUCAAAAGUAAGUUACCACCCUCUCACGAGGGGUCAAACGUUUUGCGCACUAUUUGAUUCUCGUCACACGCAAUGUAAUCCCUGUAGUACAGGAUGCGAUUCUCAUAGCGCUACACAAACUGUAAGUAUCAUGGCUAAUUUACGAACAAAUUGGACCUCUGCAACCUGUAGACUGUUGAGUAUAAUUUAAUGCCUUGCGGUGGAUCAACAUCUCGGUAUUUUACGUAUUUUUGUAAAAAGCAUAGCGCUUAAUAAGCACCGCAACGCCUUAAAAACUACUUAAAAAAUGGAGAGGUGUUAGCUUUACUUAUAAGUGUUUAUGAGAGACAAACAGAGCAGCAAUAGGCAAGACGAGACAAAUGUUUUUUUUUUUUAUUAUUUGGUGUUUUAAACCAGCUGGUACACUGGUAAUUAGGGAGCUUUAGCAAUGAUGGUGACUACGAAAACGUAAAAAACAACAACAACAACUCUGCGCGUGCAUCACGCUCGGAUUAUUAGAUUCCAGGGAAAUUAACCUACAAUUUAGAUUUUAAUCGAGUUGAAAUAAUUGCGAGAAAGUUUGGAAAAACGCAAACACUUUAAAAUAGUGAAGUUUUCGCUGCCUUCGCUGUUGUUCCUAAAACUCCCUAUUGUUUACAGGGACAAACUCUUGUUGUGCAUCAGAUGACACUUGACUUGGAACAGUGUAUCGGUGAGUUGAUCCAAGCGCAUGAUAGACUCAGAGAUUGCUAUAAAUCACUCAAAGACUAUGAUGUACAGAUACUACACGUGUUACCAGACAGUCACCGCGUUGUUAUUAUGGCAAGAAUUCUGGUGUACACUCGUACGAGGGAGAAAUCUACAUCAUGCGGCUUGCCAGUCAGUCCAAGGUAGGAUUACUACAUGUACCAUGUCAUUUAAGAAAUACCUUUAUCAGUAAAAAUAUUAGCUUUUAAGAGACUGCAAUUGUGAGCUCUCUCUCAUUUGAGCAUGAGUUCCCUCAACCCACCCAGACCUUCACUUCAGAGUUGGACAGUGACAGCAACUGUAGGAACGCAUCCCCAUCGGUUUCCACCGUUUUACGAAAAUCGGACAGAUUUUUCAGAAAUAGCAGCUUUUCAGGUUAAAAUCUGGCCAAUUUCAUGUCUGAAUGACUCAGAAACCCAGGUAAGGUAGCUUAAGGGAGUUCCCAACACUUUGCACGAGAAAUUCUUUAUUUUCUUAGAGAAUCUCCUUCCUAAAAUUUGUUUAAAAUUGUCCUGAUCAAUGUAUGUGACGCAGGGAAAGGGAUUGAAGGGAAAUUUUCUGCUGGCGCGCGAGAGGUUGGAAGGCGCGCGCGAGAUAUAGGGAAGGAGGUGCAUCCGAUUUUCCCCUUCCUUUGGAACACUUGCUACGCGAGCUAAUUUUUUCACCAGUAUCAAACACUUUUCUUUAAGUCCCGUGUUGCAGUGUACAGGCUUCAUAUUUUCCUGGGAUCUAUGUACUGGUGGGUUGAGAAUGCUCCAAGUCCUAGAUGUUGAGGCCUACUCGGAACAGAAGAAAUACGGCAAGUUUAACAUGGCCGCCAAAGAAGCAAGGGAGCUACGCGCAAAACUUUUCAUUCCUCAAAGCCUUUCCUCUUAUGUGCAGGCGUUUUCCAAUCAUACUGUAUUUACUGGAAAGUCUCUGAAGUAUCUAAAGCAUCCAUUCCUUCCGCUGGUGUUGGUAUUGUAGUUCUCUUCAUAGUAGCUGUUGUAAGAACGAACGAGACCAAUCGUGUUAACUUACUCUUUGUGAACUGAUUGAAAUGUAUUUUUGAUAAUUGGAUUGCUCGUGACACUGAUUAAGUUGGGAUCGAACGGGUUUUAUAAACUAAUCAUAACAACCUUCAUUUGUGUACAGGAAUCAGUUAAUUCAGCCCACGCUCGUAAAAGAAUUAGUUUAUUCGCCUACGUUUCAACUUUUGCUUUGUUUGUUAAGGAGCCCGCAGUGGCAAGCGUACUAAAACUAACAGUUUUAAAACUAAACGGUUCAAAUUCCAAAGCACCAAAAACGCAGGCGAGUUAACCACACCCUCUAAGACCUUGGCGCGGUCAGCGAGGGACAGAGGACCUAAAACGGCAAAAAUUGGCCAAACAAAGUUGUUUGAUUGACCAAAAAAGGCGAGUCGACACUUUAGAGAAUUCAACUGACCG